GCUCCGCACUCCUCCCGCACUCCUCCCGCACUGCUCCCGCCGCCUGAUUCCUGGACAAGUUUUUGCACAAACUCCGAAGAGACGAACUGAACUGCAGCUGAAUUUCAGAUUUGAAACAAUGCGGAAACUGCCGCUCAUAGCGCUGUGUAUCUGUGUCCUGUCCGGAGCCGUCACUGCAGCCACUCAGCUGUUUGGGGAAGUAGAGCCUGUUCGGACGGUGUCAGAGGGCUCUGACUGUCGCUGUAAGUGUAUCAUGCGGCCCCUGAGCCAGAACGCCUGCAGCCACGUCAGGAGCGGCACUAUACGUGUUGAGGACUUUUACUCUGUGGAGACGGUGAGCUCCGGGACGGACUGUAAGUGUACCUGCAUAGCACCCUCGGCCUCUCUCAACCCCUGUGAGAACCAGUGGAAGAUGGAAAAGCUGAGAAAACAAGCUCCAGAGUUUUUUAAGUUACAGUCACUGGUUAAUCUACUGGAAGGAACCUUGUACAGUAUUGAUAUGAUGAAAGUUCACUCCUAUAUACGCAGAGUGAUGUCACAGAUGAACAAUCUUGAGGAGACCAUCAAAUCAAACCUGACCAGAGACAAUGAGUUCAUGAAGGAGAGUGUUCAGAACCUCACGAUGCAGCUGAAGCGAUAUGAAAACUAUUCGGACAUUCUGCUGAGUGUCAAGAAGGAGGUCUCCAAGCUGGGGCUGCAGCUCCUGCAAAAGGAUGCGGCUGUGGCUGACAUCAAACAGCAGCAUACCUCCGGAAUGAUCGACAAGGCUGGAAAGAAAUAUUCAAAUAAAGCCCAGGACAAGAAAAAAUCUGCCCCAAGGAAAACUGCUCUUAAGGUCCUGAGAGAAAAACCUAAAGCAAAGAAGUUGGUCCCCAAAGUGAGAGUGUCCCAACCCACGCCCAGGCCCCGGGCUAGCUUUCAGCAGCCUGCCAUUGUCAAAAGCAUCACCUACUACAAAGCAGGCAGAACGGAGCAUGCAGAAAACAGUGGCAACAAGAAUAAUACAUCCAAGGGGAUUUUACACUCUGAGGAACAGGAGUCAAGAGCUGCAGAAAAUGCUCACAUUGCACAGGAAUCCUCUGAUGUAGGCAGAUUCUCAGAGAGUGUAACAAAACCAUCCCCUGCCACCACUACCACUGCACCCACUGAGGCGACCAUAUCAACUUCUGCCACGAUCAACAGGGAACCAACCAUGUGGCCAACGGGAACAAGGAAAAUUAAAGAAGCUCAGUGCGAUGGCACUCUGUCAAUGAUUGAACCUCCUGAAAAACAUCACAGUUACGGUCGCAAUGAGGGGGCCUGGAUGAAAGAUCCAGUUGCUAAAGACGACAGGAUCUAUGUGACAAACUAUUACUACGGAAAUAACCUGGUAGAGUUCAGGAACCUCGAAAACUUUAAACAAGGUCGUUGGAGUAACCUCUACAAGCUCCCAUACAACUGGAUUGGAACAGGCCAUGUUGUUUACAAUGGGUCAUUCUAUUAUAACAGGGCUUUCACUAGAAAUAUCAUUAAAUACGACAUUAAACAACGGUUCGUAGCAGCCUGGACCCUUCUUCAUGAUGUCGUCUAUGAAGACACAACACCAUGGAAAUGGCGAGGACAUUCGGACAUUGACUUUGCUGUUGAUGAGAGUGGCCUCUGGGUUAUUUACCCUGCCUUUGAUUAUGACAACUCCCAGAAUGAAGUCAUAGUCAUUAGCAAACUGGAUCCCAUUGAUCUUUCCAUCAAGAAGGAGACAACUUGGAAAACGGGCCUCAAGCGCAACUCAUAUGGCAACUGUUUCAUCAUUUGUGGUGUUUUGUAUGCAGUGGACACCUACAACCAGAGAGAAGGCCACCUCUCUUAUGCAUAUGAUACUCACACAGACACUGAAGCAGAUCCCAGGUUACCGUUCAUCAAUGAAUACACCUACACUACACAAAUCGACUACAAUCCUAAGGAAAAAGUUCUAUAUGCGUGGGAUAAUGGUCAUCAGGUCACCUACGCAAUUAGCUUUGCAUUGUGACUUUGUAAAGAAACCCAUCCCAUCACACAGCACUUUUAAAUUUGUCUUGUGUUCAUUAUUUACAAAGAUUGGGGAAUUUUGCACUUGGGUUAGCUGAAAAAUUUAUAUGGACGAAAUAUCUUUUACAUCUCUUGCUCUACGUGAGUCAAUAACUAAUAAUGGUUUAUAAAAAUGUACGAGGAUUUAUUACAGGUUUUCCAGAGAAAUGCCAUGUAAGCUGCAAACAUAUUUCUUUUUUAUUUCAUUCCACUCAAUUUGAAAUAAUUUUCAUUUCAUAAUCUAGUAUUUACUAGCAAAUGACAAAUGGACAGAACAAGCCCAACUUUAACAGAUGUCAGUGAGGAGGACACCUGAUCCCCAUUCCUUCAGACCUGUCAGAUUGGGCACUUUCAGCACUGUGCUCCAGAGUUAAAAUCAUAAUAAUCUUUGCAUUUGAUAUAGUGCCUUUCACAUUGCAAAAA